AUGACUCUGGUGCAGUCAUCAACAUCAGCCUCACUUGUAUAUUUCUGCUCUAAACAGAAGAUUCAGUUUGUUUUUCUCCUUUACCUCUUCUUCACCGUCCUGGAGGUGGUCGUGUGCUUCUUCUCCGUGUGGUCGAUCGUCGGCCUGUCAGGGUUUCACACCUACCUGAUCAGCUCCAACCAGACCACCAACGAGGACAUUAAAGGUUCCUGGUCCACCAAGCGAGGGAAGGACAACUACAACCCGUACAGCUACGGGAACAUCCUGACCAACUGCUGUGCUGCUCUGUGUGGACCCCUACCCCCCAGUUUGAUCAACAGGCGAGGUCUGAUCCAGUCCGACACGCCACAGCCCGCCCCCCAGACCAAUGGGACGAGCGGUGGUGGCAGCUACGCCUCCACGCAGCUCCACAGCCGCAUGUGUGAUCAGGAUCAGUGUAUCCAGAGCACAAAGUUCGUCCUGCAUGCCGCUGCCACCCCUCUGCUCCACAGCGACCCCGUGGUCAUGGCCCCCCCUCUCUCGGGGAAGACCACCACCCUGGGGGGCCCCUGCGCCUACCUGGCCCCCUCCCAGCCCUCCCUGCCGUCCUGCGGAGGAGACGUCCUUACCCUGAGGGACGCCGCCGCCGACUCCCACUGCCACCACCACCUCUACCAUCACCACCAUCACCUCCACCACCACUUUGUCAGCCCGGAGGAGACGCCAUGCAGCACGCCGCAGGGCGCCCUGCCCUGCCCCGCCCACCUGCACCUCCACUCACACCCACACCCGCCCGUCCCCUCCCCCUCCGCCCUCUACAACCCGGCCAGUCAGGACGCCCUGCACGAGGACUCGGUCAGGGGACUCGUCAAACUCAGCUCUGUCUGAACCAAACUCACAACAUCGUACAUAAAAGUGUUUCCUUAUUCGAGUCACAUGACGGAAACUCGACCAAUCAGAGUCACUCGCUGCAGUUAGGAAGUCGGUUUUCAAAUUUCUGGAAAACAACUUUUUAUAAAAGGAAAGUCACAGAAGAUACGAUCCUCCUCUAUUAGAAACUUUAAAUUAGGUUGAGUUUGAACCCUCUGGAGUCCAGAUUGAAUGUUUUCAAACUUUAUCUUCAUUUUUAUUUUUUAUUGUUUAGCUCGUUAGCAUGAUGCACGGUGUCAUUUUAAUCAAAAGAAACUCAACUCCAACUCAAAACCU